AAUACAAAUAGAGAAUGGGGUGGCACAAUCGCACGAGUUGCAUAAAACAAGCGUCUCCUCCUCUGUCAAUCUUCUCUUCUCAGGUUCUUCUCCCUUUUCUCAGUUCUGCAUCCCCGGUCCCUUCCUCUCCUGCCACACCCAAUCACAGUAUUAAGCUCUCUGCGGCCAUCCCGAGGCACCAUGGCUCCCUCGUUACUUGAUGUCCAGCCGACGGCGCCUCACGAGCGGUCCAGUGGGCACACCAGUGUUGACAAAAAGAUUUUCCCAGAUGGUAUAAAAACCUCCGGGCAGCACCCACCCAUCUAUGAAUUACUCAGGCCCUAUUCGGAUUUCCCCAAAGAGAUCACCGGGGAGACCGUUUGGAAAGCCGAGGACUAUGCCAACAGCCCUGAGCGAUGGGUUCAUGUCUUGAAUGAUCAGGAACUCAAUGAACUCAGCCUCGUGGCGGAUGAAUUUAUCGCCGAUAACACUCCGUUGACAGGCAUUUCAAAGGAUAAUUUCCAUCUGCCAAAGUUAUCCACGCUGUUGACCGCUAUCCGCGCUAAAAUCAUUAACGGCAGGGGCUUUAUUCUCUUCAAGGGAUUCCCAGUUGAAAAAUGGGGGCUUCACAAAAGUGCUGUUGCAUAUCUUGGAAUGGGAACCUACCUAGGGUAUUUUGUUAGCCAGAAUGGCCGAGGUCACGUCCUCGGCCAUGUUAAAGAUCUAGGUGAGGAUCCAAAACAAAUUGAUAAAGUCCGCAUUUACAGGACAACUGCUCGCCAAUUUUUCCAUGCAGACGACUCGGAUAUUGUUGGAUUGCUUUGCAUUGCCAGAGCUCUCGAGGGUGGGGAGUCUGAUAUUGUCUCCUCACACCACGUUUGGAACACCCUUCAGAAGGAACGGCCUGAUGUUGCCGAAACAUUGGCCAAACCUAUCUGGUAUUUUGACCGCAAAGGAGAAACCAGCGUCGACGAAGAACCAUACAUCAGGACUUCGGUGUUCUAUCUCGAAAAGGGUGCCAACGGACGGGUUUAUUCUAAGUGGGAUCCAUACUACAUUAAAUCCCUCGAUCGUUUCAUGAACGCCGGUGUUAUUCCCCACCUCUCUCCAGAACAGGUCGAAGCUGCUAAGGUGCUGGAGGAGACUUGCCACCGACUUCGGCUGCAUAUGAUACUUGAGGUUGGAGAUAUCCAAUUCCUGAGUAACGAGCACGUGCUUCAUGCUCGCACAGCAUAUAAAGACCACGCACCGCCUAUACCAAGGAGACAUUUAAUGAGGUUGUGGCUUGCUACACCUGAGAGCGAGGGUGGUUGGAGGUUGCCUUUCCACGAUUCGGCACAAAAGAAGAGGGGGGGGAUCCAAGUUAAUAAUCAGCCUCCGGUUUGCCCCCUUGACGCUGAAUAAUUAUUCCUUACUUAUAUUAUAUAAGUAAUACUAGU